AGGUUCUUGGGUGUUGGUAGGCACUUCCGGCAUAUGCAACCCUGUAAACAUGAAUAGUGUAGGGGAAGAGUGUGUUGAACUCAAACGAGCUUACGACGAAUGUUUUAAUGAGUGGCUGUCUGAGAAAUUUCUGAAAGGGGAGAAGUCGGAGCCAUGUCCUGAACUGUUUAAACCCUACAAUCAGUGUGUCAAGAAAGCUAUGAGGGAGAAGAAUAUUGAACCAAAUGAAAUUGAAAGACAAGUACUUGGGACAGCAGAUGAGAAAAAACCACCGAGUUAAAGUGUGAUAAUAUUGUAGAACAAUCUUUAAAUCCAUUCCUUCUGCAGCAUGAGUGACUUUCUAAUGUUCACAUAACAUUAAUGAAUCACAAAAUGUACAUGUAAGAAUCUGAAGUAAAUGUUCAUCUGUAUAAUUGUGACAGGAUUAUUGUGUUUAAAUUGCAGCCUGUAAUGAACUGUCUGAAUUAUUCUUGAUAUUCUGAUGAGUUACAUUUUGUCACAUGUUUCCUGCAGGCAGAUGUAUAACUAUAAACAUUAGUUGUUGUGCUCUAUCAUUUGUUUAACUAUAUUAUUGUGAACAAUAGUUUAGUAUGAUGCAAUUGUGAUUUUUUAUAUUAUUUUUAUGAAAAUAAAAUAAAAUUAUUUAAACAUGA